AUGGGUCAGAGUUAUAACGUUUAUACUGGCAGAGGCGGCGCUGGAAAUGUAGUAGCCUCAUCAGAAAAGCCAUCGCCUAAAGUUGUGCCUCAGGGCUCUCAAACUCCAAACCUUCUGCAGCCGGUAUUUAGCACUGGCAGAGGAGGGGCAGGCAACAUGUGCAAGAACGUGGACUACAAGCUCACCCGGAAGGCACAGGACGUGGACGAGGAUUUCAUUUCACCCGCAGAGGACGAGAUCCAGCCGGCAAGUCCCGCAAACGACUUACAAAAUGCAACGUCUCAAAGCUCCCGAGGCAGACAAGCACCGCAAAGCGCCAAAAGCUCACUCAAACCAAAGAGAAGCAGGCAUGAAACUCCACAAACGGUGAGUAUUGGUAGAGGUGGUGCCGGAAACAUACUUUCGCCUUCCAACAGCAAAAGGUCAGAAAGCGAAAAGAAAGCCAAGAAGCCGUCUAGUAUCUGGGGAAACGUCAAGAAGAUAUUUUCCUCGUAG